AUGCAUCUUAGGCCGAGAAGGGAGUUCCAAAUGUGUCCUUCUCCGCCGAGAAUGUUGUCCGGAAUACGUACUCCUCCGCCCAGACCAGUGGUUUACAACGUGGGCGACAAAGUCGAAGUGAUUGGAAAGGAGGAAGGUUACGUGGGUUCAUACUACAACGCCACCAUUCUCUCUGUCCUCGAAGAUGACCGCUAUAAGGUUCAGUAUGAGAGCUUCAUUGAGGAUGAGGAGACUCAAACUCCUCUGAAGGAUACUCUGUUGAAGAAGGACAUUCGCCCGAAGCCGCCUCGCGUUCGCACUGGCAGCGAGUUCAAGCCAGGGCAGAAUGUGGACGCGUACGACCAUAGAGGGUGGUGGAAUGGGAAGAUCAUCGGCGAUAUUGAGGGCGUGUGGGGCCACUACUGCGUGUACUACGAAUCCAGCAAUGAGUAUGUUGAGUAUAGCGCUUCUCGCAUAAGGGUUCACCAUGAGUUUGUUGAUGGGCAUUGGUUGCAAGCGAUCCUCUAG